AUGGAAUUCUCCAGCCGCUCUACAUCUAGUGCUUCACCCACAACUUCUCCAGAUCCCACCGAACGGAACUCUCCAAUCAGAGAUCCGCAUACUUCAAAAAUCCCAGUUGUGUCCUUCUCUGAUCGAGGUGGACAAGAAUAUGCUGGCGAUCCUGCCGACGUGGAUUGGCCGGCUCCAGAAUUCAGAAAACCUAGUUCAUUCUAUCGAACCAGAGCCACUCAGUCAGAGUUAGAGCGACCCCAAGCAUCUGAUGUCCGCCGUCAAUCUUGGAAGCCCAACAGGCACCAACACAGGACUGGCCAAUAA